GAACUACCACCGCCCUCCGGAUCAAAGCAACGCGUUUCGUUCGUUCGUGCCAACCCAUCUCAGGCGUUGCGACAUGCGAAGCUAUAAAACAAUGACCUCUCGAUCGUUCUUCAUCUUUCUUGACCUCUUACCAUCAUCUUCAACUUUUUCCGUUCUACUCUUGACCACCUUCGAUAUCAAUCAUGAGCGCAACUGCUCACAGUUCUGAAUCAUAUGAAACCCGCCCUAGCGAGUUUGCUCAGAGCAGUAGCGGUAGGGCCGUUUAUCGUGUGGUCACUCAUCUUACUCAUGUAUGAACAGUGUCUAUGGUCGGAACUAUCAAGAGCGAGAUUACUUCUGACGGGCUUGUCAAGAGCGACGUAUUGAAUAACUCUGAGACUCGUCCAAAAGAAGACGCUUUUGGCGAGGAGAAGCAGGUCGCUCACGAUGAUCCCCAGGUCUCUCCAGAUUCACCCACCGUGGAAACUGUAAACGGCGAGGUAUCAGGAGAGAUUGUUCCACCGUUAGGACACGUGCAUAACCAUUACGGCGACCCCGAAUCUGACCAAGAUGACGACGACGACGACGACGAUGACAGCGACGACAGCGAUCCCUACGCUCUCGCUAGUCGAAUCCGCUCUUUGAUUCAAACCCUGGCCUCGCGAUCCCGCCCAAUCCCUGAUGUAGAUCGUUCGUCCGCGCCUCAAAUUCCUGAACGCAUCCUUCGGGAUAGUCUCACCGGCCAACCGGUCCCAUUCGUAGACGCCGCGUUUCUCUCCGAUACAGAGCUCAUUGCAAAGCUGAAGAAUGCAAUAAUCAUGAAUGGAAUGAAAAUUACUACUGGAUGUGGAACAGGCAAGGGCGAGUCUGUCUUGACGAUGACCGAGGGGGAGAAGAAGAGCGUUUGGGCUGUUUUAGACAGCUUCAAGGCUCCACCUGCUCAUCACUGGUGUGCUGAUCUUCCAGACCGCCUCGCUCGUAUAGGAGAUGCGCACGGAUUAGAUACCCUUCAAACCUUAUCGCCUACCUCUGUUAUCUCGGAUGACUCCAGUGUCAUGAUGUGCUUCCCUCUCAUUCCCGUUCACGAUUCAAAGGUCGAAUUAGCAAAGUCAAGUGUUGUUUCCAUCUCCCCAGUUGGCAACGGGCAUUCAAAACUGAAGAAAACACUCAAGAAGUACAGAAUGUACGUAACGUUCGGGAAUAAAGUCGAUAAUGGGAAUGUGGAGAGCUCUCGCUCGUGGAAGUUUUGGAAAAAGAAAGGAACCUUACCUCGCGGCGCCUCUUCUGCCUUGGAGCUCAACACUAUUCCACCGGAAGACCAUCCUACGCUCACGUCAAACAGCCUACCUUCACUUUCACUCCGUCCCAACGUUCUACCCAAGGCCGACGUGAAACAACGAGUUUGGAUGCCUUCGACAACAAAUAUGAGCGUACAGGCGCUCUGGUGGGGCUACCGAAUAUUUCUGCCUCCUCCUGUACUCUCUAUCCUCUCCGACGAAGAAGUUGAGGCUACCAAACGUGUAGCCUUGAUCACGGCAGCGUUGACGUGGUUCUUUGGCAACAUACCAGUCACUGCCUUACCUCCGCCGAUGCAGCCAGCGAUACUUAUGCUCCAACAACUGUUGCCAUACCUCGGGUAUAUUGGGACAUUCAUUAGUUGGAGCUGGGAUUCGGUUAGGAGCUUUGAUACUGGUAACGGUGUCAUUCUGUCUGCGACAUGGCUCCUCCCUGUCGCUCUCAUUCCUGGAACCUGGGAGCCUUACGAUUUUCCCUUGAAACAGGAAAAGCCAGUUCAAGAACAAGUAUCCUCACAGGGGGACGGGACGGGACUGGACCAAACGCUGGAAUUUGCAUCACGACACCCGCUCCCACCAUCAUCUGGUGCUUUAGCGUCGUCUGCUUCCUUGGUUUCCUCCCGAUCUGGUUCAUCUAUUCUGCCGCCUGCAUCGUCUGCGACAGGGUCGAUCGCUCCAGCAGCCAUGCCCAGAUUAUCAACACUCGCACCUAUUUCACAACCAUCAAGCUCGGCUUCAUCUUUCGCGGUUACCACUCCUCGUUCGAAAUCCCAGGUCUCAUUCGCUUCUGUAGUUAAGUCAACCCCCUCUUCCGGAUUCGAUAGCCGCACUACAUCGACACUUGUGGGUGAUCAAGAAGCCUCUCACCCAUCUCUGGAGCUCUCCAAUGUUUUUUCGUCGGCUUCAAUUCUUUCAACAGCUACCGGUUCUGUAAUGACCUCUGAACGCUCUUUACUCACCACCACCGAUAGGACUGACAAAGGAUCUGAACAAUCGGUCUCGGUUGAGAUUUCCGAACGUCCUUCUCAGUCUAAGGACAGCAUGAGUCCGUCAUCCUCGUCAUUGAUGAUGUCGCCGACGACUGCACAUGCAGCUGCGAGGGCAUCUGAGGUGCACAAUGAGCUGGAGGGUUAUGUCGAGCAAGAUGUGUUACAAAGGAAGUCCAAAGAGGUGGAAGACAACGAUUUGGAAACGAACGAGAAGCCAGAGCAAGACACGGGUUCGGAGGGAAAUGAAAAUGCGGCGGAGAAAGUCGAAAGUGUUGAGAAGAACAUCUCAUCUGCUCGUGAUAUACCUGCCAACUCUCAUGAUAGAACUAAUGUCGAGGCCGAUGGAAACGUCGUUCAAACGGCAACUCAUGCUCAACUUGCGCCCUCGACUCCUGCUAAAGUUGCUGCCAACGAUUCCCGAGUUCCAGAAACGAUGAGCCCGAAGAACGGGAAGGUAGCCGAGGGUGGUAACGUCGUUCAAACUUCUAUCUCGGUCCCGACUGUCAAGAUAGAGAAGGAGAAUGUCUCACUAUCGCCGGUCUCUGAAGCAAUUCCCGUAACGCCGACAUAUUCGAAGUCCAAGUUGGCUGGCUCUUCGAACGGUAAUGCUGGAGAUGCACAUUCGCCAAGUCAGAUAGUGACCAAUGGGGCUAUUGACAAGAAGGAGAAGAGAAAGAGUCGAGGGAUGGCUGUAAUGGGUGGACUGUGGAGGUUGUUGACUGGAAGUGGUAACUGAUGGGAUUGGUGAAAUAUGACGGUUGGUUUACCUCUUCGGACGUUUCGAUGCGUUUUCACUACAUUCUCUUCGGUUUGUAUGGACGAUGUCUGACUGUAAUUAAUAUUAUGUUAUGUGGGGAUUUCCUGG